CAGUAGCGUUCCUCAAUUUAGAAAAAUUCAGGACCGUUAUCUUUGGUGAUGUACAUAUGGUGAGAGAGAGAGAGACAGACAGAGAUCUUUACUUUGCUAAAAGGUUUGGUGCCCUUAAGAUAGUUUACUUGCACGCCACGUGUUUUUAUAAGUCUGGGUAUUACUUAAGUGAAAUGUUAAGAUUUCUAUUUCAGUGUUCACAAAUUUAGACUCGUAAGAUCUGGGUUUGAAUCUUGACUGGUACUUUGUGAGUUUGGGUAAGCUUCUGUUAAAAGGAGCCCUUUACCCUUUGUUUCCUCAUCUGGAAAAUAGAUAAAAUACCCCCGGGGGCCUUGUGAGGAUUAACGAACUAUGUGCAAAGGGCAGGAGCACAGGCACUCGCUCGUUUCCCUGUUAUUCGGCCACCAAAGAGGUGGUAGGAAACUGCUACCAAAGGCAUCUCCUCUCUGAACCCAAAAGCGAGGGUGACACCCCGGAGCCUUGUGUUGGCCAAUUAACCGGACUCAGUAAAAGCACCUUGGUCAGUGCUCAAGAGAAGUCGUAAGUUUCUUUAAUUUCAUAUAUCUUUUGUCUCCAGUGUCUUAUGGAAACUGAAUUACUGCAUUUUUUUUUUUUUUUUAAUUCAACCUGAACGGAUUCCCUAUGCUAGAAAGGUGUCUAAUAGAGACUGGGGAUCCAUUUAGCUAAUUUGUAAUUUUAUGUGGUGUCAACACCUUUAGAAAACUAAUUUUAGGCACAAGUCAAAAAAAUAUUUUUUGAAGAGUGAACUGUGGAACAAAAUGGCUAAAUUUUUCAGAAGGAAGUUUUCUUCAUCUAGCCCACAAACUAGGUAAAUUGUGUAAUUUUUCACUUUCUUUUUUAUUAAGAUUCUACUAUCUUAAAGUUAAUUCAAAAUAGAGGAAAUAUGUGGGAGCAUUUGGAUAGUGCACCAAAGUAACAGUAAUUAAGGUGAACACAUUGACUCUUACUGUUCUCUGAAUGGGCUGACCAUGAUAUUCACAAUAUUUAAUUAAGCAUAAUAUGGGCGUUAAUUAUAAAUAGUCACCAGAUAUCAUAACUAAACAGAAGCAUUUAUGAUGCAUAGAGAGAACAAUUAUAGAAAGGAUAAUACUUUUCUAAGCAAAAUGAAAGACUACAAUCAUAGUUCUCUGAAACCUUUAUCAUUAGCUCCACCUUUCUCUGCACAUUUAUCAACCCCUGCAAAGUUCACUACAGUUUGGUUUCCUUUUUUUUUUUUUUUGAUUGAGGGCAAAACCCUGUAAAGACUGCAUGUUCUAAGAGACUGAAACCUGAGGGAGGGUUGUAUUUGGUUCUCAUUGGUUCUCAUUUAUUUGGGAGUCAAAGAGAACUUAACUUUUGAUCCUACUUUACACCUCAUAUAUUUUGUUACUCCCUUGAUACUAAUAUUUCUUUUCUAGUUUUUGCCUGGAAUAGGAAAAGCAAGAGAACUAUUCAUUCAUUUUCUUCUCUAAUGCCAAGUUUUGAAAUAAGCUGUACAAAUUCUCAAAUAGUCCAUUUAUGAUCUGUGCACAGGCACAUCCUCUGAGGAUAGAAAGUAUCAUUUUAUCCCCCUUGGAUUUUGGAUCAUUUGGAUCAUAAUUAUAAGCAUGGAUCUUGGUGGCUCUGAACAAGAUCCUGAAAUGAAGGAGGAAUAUUCUUCUGUCUAUGUUGGCAGAGAAGAUGACCUUAAGAAAUCUGAAAGAAUGACAGCUGUUGUUCAUGAUAGAGAAGUGGUAAUUUUCUAUCACAAAGGAGAAUAUCAUGCUAUGGAUAUUCGCUGUUACCACUCAGGAGGACCUUUACACUUGGGAGACAUAGAGGAUUUUGAUGGACGACCAUGUAUAGUUUGCCCCUGGCAUAAAUUCAAAAUUACUUUGGCCACAGGAGAAGGACUGUAUCAGUCUAUAAACCCUAGAGAUCCAUCAGCAAAACCCAAGUGGCGUUCCAAAGGAAUGAAGCAAAGGAUUCAUAGAGUGACAGUGGACAACGGGAAUAUUUACGUGACUCUUUCUAAUGAUCCUGUUAAGUAUGAUUCCGAUUUUUAUGCCACAGGAAAUUUCAAAGUAAUUAAGAGUUCUUUCUGAUAAAAUCACAUGACAAUGAAAAAUGGGUAUGUUUUGAAAAUAACCUUGCUUCAAUACCAAAGAUGAUUAAUUUUUUCCAACAUAGGCAUAUUACGUAUCUUUACAAAUCACGUAAAUUGGAAAGGUUCAAAAGCACAUGUACUAAGUAUAAUGUAAGGAUUAUUGUCAGGAUCUAUAGAACACAUUUCAUCCAAUCCUCCGGAUGAUUGGGACUGGAAGGUUACAGGCCUGGUAUAUGUAUUUUCAGAAGGAGAAAAGUAAUUUGAUGUAACUAAAAUGAGGAAGAGGUAUAAAAUAAGAUCUACUAAGAAAAACUUUGGGGGGGGGGCAGGAAUCCUUAUUUGAUGUAGCAGAUUUUAUCAUGGAAAAGUUGAAAAUAUACAAAGUAAACAGAAUUGUAUAAUAAACUCCCGUCACCCAAUUUCAGCCAUUUCAGCAUUCUUCCAUUGAUACCUCCAUGCAUUCCCACCUCUCCUAUUGGAUUGUCAUUACUACCUUUUAAGGUAAAAUUUAAAUAUAUUGAAAUGCUUAAAUCUUAACUUCAGUCUUUCCAAAUAUGUAUAUAGCAGAUUUUUUACACUUAAAAAUUGCCUCCAGAAAUGGGGUAAGUUACAUGCUGAAUUUAAAAAUAAGAAGCUUAUCAAUGUGCUGGACACAUCAAAACCAAAUAAACCUUGGCACAGUUUCUCCCUGAUCAAGACAAGUAGUCUCAAAGCAGGAGGACCCACACAGCUGCUGCCCAGCCAUGAGAAAUAAUGAAGUCUGCUAUUCAGUGGGCAAAAGUAUUUUGAAUGCCUAUGUGAAAUUUUCAAAUAAAGGUUUUUUCUUUAUUUUUAGAGAACUUUGUGCAUGUAUGUACAACUGUUUCAUGUAAAUGUUAUAAAGAGAAGAGAUAUAGGGGCUGUUCCUCAGAGUCCUUUCUGCUGAACUGAUGUUAAGUGGUUUAGCCUGCUUUUACCAUGCCAGUUAUUUUGGGCCAGUGCUGUUCAGGUUGCCUGGUGCCCACACUAUACUAUAACACCCUGAGUGCUGGUCAUCUAAAACUUGGCAGCAUAUAGAAUAUAAGAAUAAGUGAAACCAGAAAGACCUAGCUAGGAUGAGCAGAAUAUAAAUCCAGAAUGAGAAACUUUGGAAACUAGUCUCAAAGCAUACUAAUCGCCUUAGUGACAUAGGAUCAAAAUUAAGACUCCAAACCUUAUACUUAGCAUUCUAAGGGACCCACCUGGACUCCUUCCCUCUGUUAUUGUAAAAAUAAUAAGUGAAUAAAGUAUCAUUAAGGCUCUGC